AAAACAAGGGCUAAAUUGUUGCACAGCCAUGAGCGGGACCUUCCCAUGAAGCAAACGCUCCCAAAGCAAACAAAAAGGCGCCGAAGCCAUGGAUUGAGUAAAGAAGAAGACUCUCCAAGCUCAUGAAAGCCUGCACUCCCCCACUCCCCCCAUCUUCAUCCAUGGAUUUUUUAUCUCUUUUCGUUCCCUUUUUCGUUCUGAAACUUGUCAUCAAAUUAAAGUAUCCAAAUUCCUUCAUCAUGAGACGUUUUCUACAAGCAACCCUCCACCACCACCACCGCCAUUAAUCAACCUCCUCCUCAUUUUUUUCUCCCAUUAAAUUCUUCAGUUUCCCCUUACACUUUGCAUCCCUAGACACCCCUUUGGUUCUUUACUUCUUUUCUGUCCACUGUUUACUGAAUUCAUCAAAUUUUGUUUGAAAUUCAUAGCCCAAUGAUUCGCAACUUCAUUGUCUAGUUCUUCGGGUUUAUAUGCGGUAGAAAGAAGCCCCUGGCUUUUUCAGUCUACUACGCAAAAACUAGAAGUCGGAUACAGGGCAGUAUCCAAUCGGCGGCAAUGCCGGCGUUAUUCUCAUUCAAAACCCCACCCAGUACACCGCCAUUGCAAAUUCUCGCGCCGGAACAGGAAAAUGGUAGCACCAACAACUUCAAGAAAACCCCAUCACCGCUCGUAAAGCGAAACACAUCCCCCUCACCAUCCAUUUCACGACCCAAGAAGACCCCAGACAAGUUUCAAGACGACGAAUCCUCUCUGGAUAACCCGGAUCUGGGUCCGUUUCUACUCAAGCUCGCCCGAGACACAAUCGCUUCUGGUGAUAACCCAAAUAAGGCGUUGGAUUACGCGACCCGGGCGUCGAAAUCGUAUGAGAGAUGUUCGGGUCCGGGUAUGGAGCUGGCCAUGAGCCUCCACGUUCUGGCCGCGAUUUACUGUAACAUGGGGCGGUUUGAGGAGGCGGUUCCGGUUUUGGAGCGAUCUAUUCAGGUACUGGAUAUCGGAAACGGAUCUGACCAUGCCCUCGCAAAGUUUUCCGGGUAUAUGCAGCUGGGAGACACGUACUCCAUGAUGGGUCAGCUGGACUGCUCCAUCAUGUCGUACGAAUCGGGUCUGAGGAUCCAGAUUGAAGCAUUGGGGGAUUCGGAUCUGAGAGUUGCAGAGACUUGCAGGUACUUGGCGGAGGCGCAUGUUCAAGCUAUGCAAUUUGAUGAGGCAGAAAAUCUGUGUAAGAAGACACUUGAAGUCCACAGGGAGCAUAGUGAACCGGCUUCACUUGAAGAAGCAGCUGAUCGCCGGCUGAUGGCUCUUGUUUGCGAGGCGAAGGGGGAUUAUGAAUCUGCCCUUGAGCAUCUUGUCCUUGCUAGCAUGUCAAUGAUUGCUAAUUGCCAAGAAAAUGAGGUUGCUGCUAUUGAUGUUAGUAUUGGCAAUAUCUAUUUGUCCCUCUGCCGGUUUGAUGAGGCAGUCUUUGCUUACCAAAAGGCACUUACUGUUUUUAAAUCUAUUAGGGGUGAAAAUCACCAUUCCGUGGCUUCAGUAUUUAUUCGCCUUGCAGAUCUGUACUGCAGGACAGGGAAGCUAAGGGAGUCCAAAUCCUACUGUGAAAAUGCUUUGAGGAUAUAUGUAAAUCCUAUUCCUGGAACCACACCAGAGGAGAUUGCUAGCGGCCUAACAGAAGUCUCAGCCAUUUAUGAAGCUUUGAAUGAGCCUGAGGAGGCACUGAGGCUCCUUCAGAAGGCAAUGAGGUUACUGGAGGACAAUCCUGGGAACCGCAGCACAAUUGCAGGAAUAGAAGCACAGAUGGGUGUGAUGUUCUACAUGGUUGGGAGGUUUGGGGAGGCUUGGAGCUCUUUUGAGAGUGCUAUAGCAAAGCUUCGGGCUAGUGGAGAGAGUAAAUCAGCCUUUUUUGGAAUUGUUUUGAACCAGAUGGGAUUAGCAAGUCUACAACUGUACAAGAUAGAUGAGGCUGUGAAAUUGUUUGAAGAAGCUAGGGAAGUAUUAGAAAAGGAGUGUGGUUCAUGUCACUUAGAUACUCUUGGAGUAUAUAGCAACCUUGCUGCAACUUAUGAUGCUUUGGGGAGGGUUGAAGAUUCAAUUGAGAUAUUGGAAUACAUCCUCAAAGUGAGGGAAGAAAAGCUUGGAACCGCAAAUCCUGAUGUUGAUGAUGAAAAGAGGAGGCUAGCUGAGCUAUUGAAAGAAGCAGGAAGGACAAGGAGCAAAAAGGGAAAAUCACUUGAAAAUCUUCUUGAUGCCAGCUGCCUGAGGACGAAAAAGGAGGGCACAAAGAGGUGGUCGAAAUUUGGUCUAAAAAUUUAGUAAUGAAUGUCUUUGUGCUUUCCUUGCACUUGACUAUAUGCCUAACAUGGAAGAUUAUGUAAAAAUGGUCUCACUGAAGACCAUCAUGUUUACUGAGCUAUUUGUUCCACCUGUUUAAUUGGAUCUAUGAAUUCCUGUUCAACUCUGUCAGCUGCGUCGCCUGAUUGAAAACUACCGGUCUCAUCUAGACUUGCAGUUGUCACGUAUAAAUCAUAGAUGGCACA